AUGAACGGCACCAUGAGCCACCUGUUCUCCGACUCUAGGUCAGAAUCGAGCGAGAAGACAAAGGUUGUGAGGGACUACGAGCUGAAGAAAUAUGGUCUCGUCCCCACGGGAAACCGCAAGGUCGUGCUAGAGAAGCAGAGGACGGAGAUCCCGGGGAUGGGAAGGGACGCGAUCUCUUGGGGUUACGGGCUAGCAUGGAACGUGCUGGUGCAAGACAACAUGGACAGCAUCAUCAGGCACUGCCCGCUGGUGGCAUGCCGGCAGAUUUUCACCGCAGGGAUGCACAAGUUCGAGAUCCUUGUGAGGGAGAAGGAGCACGCGACGUUCCUCCCCCAGACAGGUCAGAUCAAGAUCGGGUUCUUCCGCUCGGAUGUGAGCGAGAAAGACUGCUGGAUGUCGGCGCAGAGAGUGGGGAAGGCGUGGUACUACAGCAGUAUGGGAAACGUGUACGACGGCAACAGGAGCGAUCGCAGCACCUCCUACCCCUCGUUCGACCAGGGAGACAUCGUCAUCGCCAUACUCAACGCCAACAGCAACACGGCGACAUUCCAGAAGCGGAAGAGACUGAGGAGCACGAUGAACUCUGAGGAGAGAAUGAUCGACACUCCCCAGAUCACCAUCAGCAACCUUCAGCCUCCUCCUCUCCCUCAAGGCUUUCGUUUCGGCGUGCAGUUUGAGAAAAAGGACUCCGGCAUUGUGCUGCUGAGCUAUGAGGACAUAUCGGCAGACGACUCGCUGAAGCGAGCGGAGGGUUGGAAGAAGCUGGGGCUCGAGUGCAUACAGGAUGGUCGGUGGCAGGACGCGAUCUCGUGUUUUCAGAAGUCUGCCAAGUUCUUCCACGAGAUCAACAACAAGGCGCAUCGAAGGAUGGUGAAGGAAUUCCUGGAGGAAGCAAAGGUGCUGCUCGAGAGUCAUGGGAUCGGAUCCGCUGGCGAGACGCCGUUCACACGUAUCGGGGUCAAUCCAGGAGCUGGGAGGCAGAGAUAG